AUGAUUUUCUGCAAGACGAAGGAGCACAUCGCAAGUAACAAGCACUCAUUGAUGGAAGAUUUUAGCAUUAAAGAUCUUGGAGAUCUCAAGUUAUGCCUCGGGAUCGAGAUUCAUCGCAAGCGCGAAGAUGGAACGAUCAAGAUGAACCAGAAGGCGUACAUCAAGCGACUUUCAGAUAAGUUCGGCGUUGAAAACUGCAAGGACGUGCACACGCCGGCGGACAGUAACUCGAAGUUGGUCAAGAUGGGUCAAGAGGAAGCGUUUGUACCAAAGUACCCACACCUUGACCUGGUGGGCGCUUUAAUGUACAUCGCCACAUGUACACGAACGAGCAUUGUGCAUGCGGUUGGCGAAGUUGCGAAGUUUUGCGAGCGCUACGAUAACUCGCAUUGGACAGCAGCAAAGCGGAUUCUCAAGUAUCUCAAGACGACUCAAGACCUAAUCAUCGUUUUCAGCGACAUCAACAAGGAAGAGCUGAUCGGAUCGCGGAUGCAAACUGGGCUGGCGACCUCGGCACGCAGCGUUCGACAAAAGGAUACGUUUUCUUUAUGA